AUGGUCAUUUCCGCUCGCAGCUCCUUAUUAAGUGUCCAUUCCCCGUGUUGCCCAUCCACCCUCACGAAUUCUUCAUCCAUUCCUUGCCUUCCAAGUCAUUCCUUACUAAAACGCCGUUGUAUCUUUGUCGCCCUCACGCUCCCUUCAAAUCCCUUUCGGGCUCUCUACGGAUUCCUGCUUUUGACGACUUCGUCGCCGAAAAUCCCCACCUUUUUUUUCUUUCAAACCCAACUCAGGCUCCUUGAGUUUUCUGCGAGAACCAAGCCUGAAAUAAGAACAGUAAAAAAGAGAACACACGAAACGAAAGCCACAGCAAAGAUGAAGGUCUCGUCCACCACGCUCGUCCUCGCCACUGCCCUCGGCGUCGCUGCCCACCCAAGCGGCCAUGCUCACCGAAACCUUCACCGUUCCAUGGAAAAGAGAACCGACUAUGUCAUGGCCAAGAAGCCUGCCGACGUUCAGGUCAACGCCAACCUCGACGUAUCUCUAGGAAGCGCUCAGCCACCGGCUGCAUCGUCUGCUGGCCAGUCUCAGUCCACUACCCCUGACAGCCCUGUAUCUGGCGUUGCCAAGAAGUUCUGUACUGGCAGCAACAAGCGUGCCACGGCCGCCCAAAUCGCCUACAAGGGAAAUGUCGGCACCACCCUCGAGCACGGCUGCAACCUGAUGAUGGUUGACAAUGCUGCCCUGUACGACUACACGGCCACCUUUGAGAACAAGUCUGGCAAGGACCAGACCUGCGUCGUCUUCCUCAAGAUUGGACCCACCGGCUUGAUCAACGGCUUCCAAAAGGGCAAUGAGAUCAUCACGUUCAAGCUCCCCGCUAACAGCAAGAAGGUCCUGGCCGCCGAGGCCAACUCCCAGGGCGGUGCUGCUUGCAGUCCCGGCGACGCCGUUAAGACCAACCAGUACGGCCAGUGGGGAGCCACGUGGCUCGAGUUUGACUUUGCCAACGAGUCCAACGGCGGCCACAGCGGUGCCGAUGCUUCCUGCCUCGUUCCCGCAUCCGCCGGUCUUCCUAUUCAAGCCAUGACGGUCUGCGGCGGCGACAAACCCUGCUCCGUCAUCAACAACGGUGGUACUGGCACCAAUGCUUAUCUCCAGAAUAUGGAGGCCUUUGACGGAGUUGGCCUCAACUUCAACCCCGGCCCAGUUGCUCUGAAUGUAACUAUUGACGGGGCUGCGGUUUUUUCCUUUGUUCGUGGGUCAAUAUUCUGGGACGGCCAGUCGCUUGUUGACACACUCGUCAGAGCGAAUCACUAUUUACUUGGGUGUUUAUGGGGUGCAGUGAUCUACCAGCUUGGGGCCAUCUCUCGUUUCGUCCGGGUUGCUCUCACGCUUCGCGAUGAGGGUGCGUAA